UGGCCUCCUGCGCCUCUCCCCCCGCUGGCGGGAUCGGACCAUGGGGUCCCCGGAGCUGAGCUCACCUGGGACCCCCGAGCUGGGUCGUGCCUGGACCCCCGGGUCCCCAGAUCCCAGUGGAGUCCGGACCCCGGGGACCCCCAGGACCCCUGAGCUGGGGCGAGCCCAGAUUCCUGGGUCCCCAGAUCCCAGCGGAGUCCGGACCCCUGGGACCCCUAGGACCCCUGAGCAGGGGCGAGCCCGGACUCCCAAGACCCUGGAGCUGAACUGGUCCCGGACCCCUGAGCAAGGGGGAGCCAGGACCCCUGGGACCCCUGGGACCCCUGAGCUGUGUCACCCCGGGACCCCCGGGACCCCUGAGCCAGGUCAUGGCCGGAUCCCUGGAACCCCUGAGCUGGGCCGUGCCCGGACACCUGGGACCCCUGAGCUGGGGCUGCCGCCAUCCCCCCGGGGUGCCAGGAGACCCCGAGAGCUGAGCCCGGGUGCCGGGACACCCGAGUGGGGCCCCGCCCGGCCCCGCCCCUCACCCCUCCGCCCCCGCAUCGACCCCUGGAGCUUCGUGUCCGCGGGACCGCGCCGGGCCCCGCCCCCCGCCGGGCCCCGCCCCCGCGACCCCUUCACCGACCAAUGAGCGCCCGCGGCGCGCCUGGACUCGCCCCCACCGCCCUCCAGUGACCAAUGAGCGGCCGUGACGAGCGGGAGGGCGGUGCAAGCCCCGACCCCACCGCGAGGCUCCGCCCCCGCCGGGUCGUGAUGGACAGCUGGCGGUGCCAGAAGCCCCGCCCGCCCAGGCGCCCCAUUGGUCAAAGUAAAGGGCAUUACAAGAGCUCCGCCCCCUCCGGGGCGGGGUCACCACGGCAGGAAAACCACGCCCUCUUCGGGCAAACAGGAAGCUCCGCCCCCAUUGAUGGGAUUCAGGAAGCCCCGCCCCCCGGCGGAGGCCCCGCCCCCGGGCGGUUCCGACACUGGACGGGGUCCGGGGGAGGGGAUGGGGGGGACGACUGUGACCAAAUAAACUCCCGAGAC